UCUGCCAGUAGAUCAAAACCAGCAGAGAUAGCGAAAGUACGUGCUCAGCGCAACCUGAGAGCCGCUCUACACAUAUUAACAUGGCUCGGCGGCCGAGAAACAGUGUUUACAGUAGCGAGGAGGAUGAGGAGGAGAACGAGAUGUAUGAACAUGAUUAUGAUGGAGCGCUGGCCAAGGCAGGGAAACGCCACCUCGGCAAAACACGUUGGACACGAGAAGAGGAUGAGAAGUUAAAGAAACUUGCCGAACUUCACGGGUCAGAAGACUGGAAACUCAUUGCAAGCUUACUAACUAAUCGUUCAGAUGUGCAGUGUCAGCACAGGUGGCAGAAGGUUCUGAACCCAGAGCUCAUCAAAGGGCCUUGGACCAAAGAGGAGGACCAGAGGGUGAUCGAGCUGGUGCAGAAGUACGGAGCCAAGCGCUGGUCGGUCAUCGCCAAGCACCUGAAGGGGCGCAUCGGCAAGCAAUGCCGCGAGCGCUGGCACAACCACCUCAACCCGGAGGUGAAGAAGACCUCGUGGACCGAGGAAGAGGACCGGAUCAUCUACCAGGCCCACGAGAAGCUGGGAAACCGCUGGGCCGAAAUCGCUAAGCUGCUCCCCGGCAGGACUGACAACGCUAUAAAGAACCACUGGAACUCCACCAUGAGGAGAAAGGUGGAGCAGGAGGGCUAUCUGCAGCUAACGGCAAAAAACGGCAACUCAUCGCUCUCCAUCAGCCACGGCUACGUCAAGAACAGCAAUCACAUCAUGGGCUACCCCCACCACUCGCCCGCUCACACGCAGAUGUCUCCACUGUCGCAACUCUACUACAUCUCCGACACACACAGGGUACCGUUCCAGAUGACGCUGCCUUUUAACAUCCGGAACAUUCCCCAGCAUGGAACUGCUGCUAUACAGAGACACUAUAACGAGGAGGACCCCGAGAAGGAGCAGAGGGUGAAGGAGAUCGAGAUGCUGCUCAUGUCAACAGAAGAUGAGCUGAGAGGGAAGCCAUCACUAUCAAUGAAUUUGCCCUAUCCCAGCUGGGCCAGCCAGAGCGCUUUGACCAGCAGCUCAGAGGGCGUCAUGUUGUUACCUCACCACCACGCCCCCGCCCUGCCUCUGGGUCAGAGCUGCCUACCUGAGGAGAGCGCCUCUGCAUCACGUUCAAACGGCAGAAACAACAAUAAUAACAACAACAACAACAGCCUUCACCACAAUCCAACGUUCUCAAAUACUAUUCCAGAGUUCAUGGACUGUGUCAUCGAUUCAAGCCUCUCCUCAGUGGGUGAGGCCACUACCGGCGGGCUCCGUGAUAGGAGCGCUCUCAGAACAGACAGGGUCCUCUCGCCCAAUCAGGGCUCAGGAACUGCUCACAGAGCAUGGGCUGCUUUCACCUGCUCAACUCCCAAGCCCUCACCAGUCAGAAAGCUCCCCUUUUCACCCUCACAGUUUCUCAACCAAUCAAUGAGCUCGGAGCACUCUGACAACGACAGUUUACGGAUGAGUUCGCCCGUGGACACCAAGCCCGUGAUCAACCACACCAUCAGCCCCCACACACAGAAUGAAAUGUUCAGAACUCCAAACAUCCGUCGCUCCAUCCUGGAGUCCUCCCCCUGUACGCCCACGCCUUUCAGGUCAGCCCUGGCCAUGCAGGAGGCCAAGUAUGGCCCCGUCAAACUACUGAACUCCCCUUCGGAGCAGCAUAUGAUAGAUUCCAUCAAGCAGGAGCCCAUGGAGUGUGCCAUCGACCAGCCUCCUCUGAAGAAGAUCAAACAAGAGGUGGAGUCCCCGUGUGAGAGGAGCCCGUGUAUGCAGUGGGAAGGACAAGAGCUCCACACACAGCUCUUCUCCCCAAGCGGCCCCGCACAGGAAGUACCUGACCUACUCACCAGCUCAAUGUUGAGUGACGAUGGACACAAAGCCUACCACCACCCUCGCAGAGGCAUGGGCAGCCCACUACAGCAGCUCAGUCCCUGGGAACAGGUGACUUGUGGGAAAACCGAGGAGCACGUCCUGGCCUCGGAGCAGAGCCACAAGUACAUCAACACUUACCCCACGAGGACACUGGUCAUGUAAAGAGACACUUGUUGAAGUGAAAGAUCAGCAGUCCCUGCGCUGGACGCAGCGCGGCGGAUUACAUUUUUGUUGUGGUACAACAGUUGGGAGAGGCUCUUUGCCAUUGGUGUUUUUACACUCACACUUGUUGGAUUUUAAACCAACCAAAGACUAACCUUUUUUUUUAAUCUUUUAUACAGAAUUUGCUCUGGGUUUUAUUGUACGUCCUUACUCUUGGUCUUGUCAUUUUUUUUUUAAAUGUUGUAUUAUAAAUGGGAAACGGUGGCUAUAUCAUUUUCAAUGGGCUGUAUUAUUAAUUCUGAAUUUUAAUAUUAAUAUAAAGAACAAGUUGAUUAAUUUAUUUCCUUUUUUGUUUAAUUUUGAUAAUGUUAUUAUUGUUUUGUUUUUUACAAUUGGCCAAUGGAGCAGUGUUGAUUUUAAGUAUUUAAGCAUUAUCAUAUUAUUCCAAAGGCAUAUUAAUGGAUUGAAAACUGACCUCUUUAUUUCAGUCAUGAAACGUUUCUGUUUCUUUUAUUGUUAUUUUUUACAAUUGUUUGGUCCAUGCCACAUUAUGUAAACACUUAACUACUGAGCCAGAAGCGCUGUUAUUAAACUAUGAAUGAUCAUGUGUUACACAACAUAAGGGGCCACCCUUAUUAGUGUUACCUGACCACCACAUUGGCACCUUAUCAUAUAGAAAUUAAAUUCAUUUCAAUUUACUUCUGGCCUUCACAGUAUCCUGUAUUGAACAAGCAUAUGUGUUAAAGAAAAGUAUAUAUAUUUACAAAAUAUGAAACAAGCUUAUAUUUAAUGAGCCUCACCCAGUAAGAGUAAAACCAAGCUGCACUUGAAUGUUAUAUUCUCCAUAAAAAGCGAGGGUACUAAACACUGAUAUUUUAUAUAAUGCUACAAAUUGAAACUUUUGUAUGGUUUUUGUUUUUAUACAUUUCUUUUGAAUUGUUUUAUAUUGUUGUACAUUCAAUCAUCAUUUUGUUUUCUUACUAAGACUGCAGUAGUCCAUUACAAACACUUGUAUACGCCUUGUUUUUUUAUAGUAGCCUUUGCGCAAAAAAGGAUUUUAUAAAAGCAUUUAUACAUGCCAAGUUUUCAUGUUUUUUUAUACUUUUCUAUACUGCCUAGUAAAUAAAGUGUGUUGUUUUUACUAAAA